CUGUUCUUCUCCUCCUGUUGUUUCCUUGGUUAGCAGCACCAGUACCACCAGAACUACCACUACCAACAAAACAACCGUCCCACUCUCUCCUCUCCUUCUACUUCACCCUCUUUCUCCUCUUUCUCCAGGAGUUAAGAUAACUCCUCGUCCUCCUCCAGUCAACCAUGGACGAGACGAGUCCUCUGGUCUCUCCGCUGCGGGACUCGGGUGAUUUCAGCUACUGUCCCACGGAGCCCACCAGCCCCCGGGGCUCGUUUGGAAGCACCCCGGGCUCGGUGGUGCGCAUCCCGGCGGGCAGCCCUGGUCGCAGCCGGGAGAGACAGCCGCUGCUGGACCGGGACCGUGGCAGCUCGCCUCGGGAGCCGCACAGGAACGAGUUCCCGGAGGAUCCCGAGUUCAGAGAGAUCAUCCGAAAGGCCGAGCGAGCCAUAGAGGAGGGGAUCUACCCGGAGAGGAUCUACCAGGGGUCCAGUGGAAGCUACUUUGUCAAAGACUCCCAGGGGAAAAUCAUCGGCGUGUUCAAACCUAAGAAUGAAGAGCCCUACGGCCAGCUGAACCCCAAGUGGACCAAGUGGCUCCAGAAACUGUGUUGUCCCUGCUGUUUUGGCCGCGACUGUUUGGUCCUGAACCAGGGGUACCUCUCGGAGGCCGGGGCCAGCCUGGUCGACCAGAAACUGGAGCUCAACAUCGUUCCCAGGACCAAGGUGGUGUACCUGGCUAGCGAAACAUUCAACUACAGUGCCAUAGACCGGGUGAAGUCUCGAGGAAAGAGGCUAGCCCUGGAGAAGGUGCCUAAAGUGGGCCAGCGUUUCCACAGGAUUGGACUGCCGCCCAAGGUUGGCUCCUUCCAGAUCUUCGUUGAUGGAUACAAGGAUGCAGAUUUCUGGCUGCGGAGGUUCGAAGCGGAGCCUCUUCCUGAAAACACCAACCGUCAGCUCCAGCUGCAGUUCGAGCGGCUCGUAGUCCUCGAUUACAUCAUCAGGAACACAGACAGGGGAAAUGACAACUGGUUGCUGAAGUAUGACUGUCCCAUGGACUCUGGAAAUAGGGACACAGACUGGGUGGUAGUAAAGGAUCCCAUCAUUAAGCUGGCAGCUAUAGACAACGGCCUCGCCUUCCCACUCAAACACCCCGACUCCUGGAGAGCCUACCCAUUCUACUGGGCGUGGCUAUCCCAGGCCAAAGUUCCUUUCUCCCAGGAAAUCAGAGAGCUGGUCCUGCCCAAACUCUCUGACCCAAAUUUCAUCAAAGACCUGGAAGAGGAUUUGUACGAAUUAUUCAAGAAAGACCCUGGUUUUGACAGAGGACAGUUUCACAAACAAGUAGCCGUAAUGAGGGGGCAGAUCCUGAACCUGUGCCAAGCCCUGAAGGACGGUAAAACGCCCCUGCAGUUGGUCCAGAUGCCCCCAGUAAUCGUGGAAACAGCCAGAGCACCUCAGAGAGCCAACAGUGAGUCCUACACACAGAGUUUCCAGAGCAGAAGACCCUUCUUCACCUGGUGGUAGGAGCGACGCAAUGAAAGAGGAAGAGGAGGAACAGCAGGAAGCCCAGAGCGAGGAAAGGAGCGAGGAGUGUCGAUGUGCCGAUGGAAGACGGGGCAGAAUCUGAGAGCGCAGGUUUUUGUCCCCAGAAAUGGAAAUAAUCAUCACCCUCCCCUCCUCUCCUUAUGGAUAUUUUGGUUGCAGAGAGCGAGUGAGUGGGUGGAGAGAUGAGGCCAAAAAGAGGAAGAAUUUCACAACAUAUCUUUCCUGUUUGCCUCCGUGCCUUGCGUGGAUGUCAAUGAAGAAGCUUAAAUGAUGAAUAUUUUGCGAGAAAGAAAGAUUUUCAGUGAGUUGUCCAACUUUUCUUUUGGACUCCUGGAUGCACAUAAGGUUCGUCCACACACAUGCACGCCAGUCAAAAGCCUCUCGUGCUUUGUUUUUGGAUGGGAGCUGUUGCAUUCCAUGUUUGUUUGUUUUUUUGUCUUCAUACCUUUUUGCCUUUUUAAUAUUCACCUGCAUAUUCCCUCCCACACAGUUAAAAGCCCUGGGUUGGGGAAAGCACUGGUGCCACUGGUGAAGAUUUUUUAUUUUUUAACAAAUAAGAGAAGUGUUCAUUUCGGUUAAGUCAUGAAGAUUUAGGAACUGGGCUCUCGGUGGUGUGUGUGUCUUAACACAGUGAUCACAAGCCAUGUGAACUGGUUUCACAGUUACUCAUUGCACCUCCUAACUGUUUAGUUUAGGAUCUGCAAGUCAUCUGACGGUGAUGUUUGAAAGAGAGGCACUUUUGGUGACACAAACUAUUUGUUAAGCUGAGAUGAGUAUGACUGACUCGCCUAAUUUUUCCUUUUUCUUCUGAUGAGUUAAAUCGUUGGCGAAGUAUACAAAAUGAUCCCAUGUGCAAGCAGGCAGAGGGGGGUUGGUGUGAUUCCCAGUCCACAAGCUCCCGUUGGUCUCGGCCAUGUCGAUUUCUGUUCAUUUUCUGGCUCGUGGGGUGGACCUAAGUAAACUACGAAGUAACUUCCUGCUGUACCGAACUGACAUGAAAUGUAUUGUGACAAUGCACUGUAUAAUUUGUAUGUAAUAUUUAAUGAUAGAUUAUAAUUAAAACAUAUUCCAUUAAUACAGA